CUCAGAUAAGCAUUUUGUAUUGAUUGUUGUCAAUAGCUUAUCUUGUUGGCAUAGCAUUGGCCAUUUCACAACUUCAUCCUACACUGAUAAACACAAGAGGAGGCAUAUCGGUCAUUAUAGAAACAACGUUAACAACAACAUAAGGAUUAAAACCAAAAACUCCUCUGUCAUGGAGGAGGGAAACAUCGAAGAUGCCAAUAGCCCUAUUCAUUGUGAUCUAUGUAAUGAACCUAAUCCGCCAUUACACUGUGAAGAAUGUCAAUGCAAUGUAUGCUUAGCUUGCGUGGGCAAACAUCUAUCCGAUUUAUCCAAAGAUCACAAAGUUGUUCCAUAUCAAAAGCAGGGAUCCAUUCCUAAAUAUAUAAAAUGCCAAAGUCACGCAAGUGAGCGUUGUGAACUCCACUGUCAGAGAUGUGACUUACCAGUUUGUAACACUUGUCUUUUGUCCAACGCUCAUAAAGGUCACACUCUGACUGAACUAAUGGAAGUAAUUAGGUCAAAGAAAGAGGUCAUUGAGAAAGAUUUUGAAGAAAUACAACAAAUCAUAUAUCCAAAAUACGAAGAAAUUCUAGUCCAAUUAAAAACUGACCAAUUAAAUGUAGAUUCCUAUUUUGAAGAUCUAGCAGAAAAGGUUACCAAACAGGGUCAGGAAUGGCAUGUAGAAGUUGACAGACUUGUCUCCAAACUACAUCAUGAUAUCUUAGCGGAGAAAAGAAACCACAUUGCUUCUUUCCAGCAACAAGAAGAAAACAUCGCUAGCACAAUAUCUGAAAUUAAGCAAAGCAUUCAAGAUCUGAAAAGAAUUUUAGAUUUAGUAGACUUUUAUUUGACAGCCGUAUAUAAAUCAAAAAAUGCGGUAUUCAACAGAUUUCCAGAGAAGCUAUCUUUUCCGAGUUUUCUUCCAAAGAAAAUCGAUACCGGGCACUUAAGUAGACAGUUUGGUGUAUUUACGACCGAGAGUCGAUGUUCUUUCCAAUCCAACCUUUUAUUAAAGAGUUUAAAUACCAUUGAAACAUUUGAGUCUGGGCACAGCAGGAUACAUGGCUUGGCCUGUUUGAGCGAAUAUGAGAUAUGGAUUAUUGGUAGUGAUAAUUCUUAUGGUUGUGAUAGUGGUAAGGGUAUGAAGCUUUUCUCUACCAAAGGUGAACUACUUCGGUCAAAAAAAGCAAUUGACACACCUGUUGCUAUAGCAGUAACAAAGAAUGGCGAUCUUAUGUAUGCUGAUGAUCAUGGAAAUAUAAAGAUAGUGGAGUACAAUCAAAUAAAGGAAGUCAUAAGUUUGAAAGGAUGGAAAGUUCUAGACAUCUGCAGUACUCUAUCUGGUGACCUCCUGGUUAUCAUGAACGAUUACAAAAACUCGUCAAAAGUAGUACGUUACUGUGGCUCCACUGAGAAACAGACCAUACAGUUCAAUGACGAUGGUCAAUCUCUUUACUCUCCAGGUGGAAAGAAAUAUCUAGCAGAAAACAAGAACUUUGACAUUUGUGUUGCUGAUCAUGACGCCCAUGCAGUAGUAGUGGUAAAUCAGGAUGGAAAGCUUAGAUAUAGAUACACCGGCCAGACCGCCACGGAAGAAUCUUUUGACCCAGUUGGCAUUGCUACGGACAGUCAGAGUCGGGUUUUGAUUGCAGCAGAUAAAUCCCGUAGAAUACAUGUACAUGUAUUAGAUCAGGAGGGAACGUUCCUUAGCAUUAUUAAAAUGCCUAUGUACAUGUACAGCAAGACAGGUUUAUGUGUCGAUAUAAACGACUGCCUUCUCGUAGCCGAUUCUAAUAAAGUGUAUAAAAUCAAAUACUGUACGUAAAUAAGGCUUUUGUAUAUAUUGUUACAAAAUAAAAUAUUUUAUUAAAAUGAGCUAGAUAAGAUGUUAAGAUGUUUUAUUUGGCCAUUGCUCACUGUACAUUUAGGCAUCAUAUUUAUAUGCAACAUAAACAUGUUAUAUCCAUAAUGCAUAUACAUAGAAAAUUUGAAACAAGAGCAAUACUGUAUUGUUUUAACAAAGAUUGUCAUAGCGUUAGCAUUUCUUGUCUUAUUGACAGACCUUUUUUAAUAAAAAUUGCUGUACAUUUGAUGAAAUUUUGUUCAUUGCUGUUAAAAAGAUGGUCAAUAAAAAUUAGAACAUCUUUUCUUACUGAUGGACAGUGAAACAAAACAUUUUUUCUUAAGUCCUCCAACAUUGGACAGUGAAAUAGAAAAUGUACUUCAUUUUCAAUUUGUCUUAAAUUACAAAGUUGACAUAAUCUAUCCACACUAUCAAUUCCCUCAAAUCUACCCUUUUCA